CACCGUCGCAUCAGGGCCACUGUCGAGUGAAUGAGGAGGGCGGCCUUUUUGCGUCGGCGAGCGUUUCUGGUCUCUCGCUCGACCACCACCACCGCCAUGGCGCUCUCCUCCUCCGCCUUCCAUGCCUUGUUCAAGUCCUCCUCUCGCAUCUCCUGGAAAUCCACCGGGAAGCUGCAGCAGACCCUCGCCGGAAGCUUGGAGAAGGCGGGCGUGGGCCUGCACUCCGGCGAGGUCGCGACGGUGAAGAUACGGCCGCACCUCGCCGGCGGCGGCAGGUGCUUCGACCUCCGGUCCCGCCUCGUGCCGGCGUCGAUCGAUCACGUGGAGGAAUCGCCCCUCUGCACCACCCUCUCCAAGGACGGGUGCAGGGUCCGCACCGUGGAGCACUUGCUGUCCGCUCUGGAGGCCACUGGCGUCGACAAUUGCCGGAUCGAGGUUGUCGGCCUCGACGCCGGAGAUUGCGAUGUGGAGGUUCCUAUUUUAGAUGGGUCAGCAGGUGAAUGGGUGGAGGCAAUAGAAGGGGUUGGUUUAGAGGUGGCGAAAGAUGCUUGUGGCAACAGUCUUGAGAAAAUGGCGCCAUAUUUGGAUGAACCAGUGCAUGUCCGGAGGAAUGAUUCUUUUGUAGUUGCAUUCCCCUCAUCACAGGUCCACAUCAGUUGUGGGAUCAACUUUCCACAUGUCCCAUCUAUUGGCUGCCAGUGGUUCUCCUCUUCUAUUGAAUACGACUCCUUUUAUAAAAGGGAAAUUGCUCCUUCACGAACCUUUUGCAUUUACGAGGAGGUAGAGAAAAUGCGCAGUAGCGGAUUGAUAAAAGGAGGCUCACUAGAAAAUGCCUUGGUUUGUAGUGCAGAUAAAGGUUGGUUAAACCCGCCAUUGCGUUUCGAUGAGGAACCAUGUCGCCAUAAGGCCUUGGAUCUUAUUGGUGAUCUUUCUCUUUUUGCACGGUGUGGUAGUCAAGGGCUUCCAGUGGGACAUGUAGUUGCUUACAAGAGUGGCCAUGCGCUGCAUGCUGGGUUUUUACGCUGCUUGUUAUAGUUCGUGAGCAAGAUUGGCUAACUGUGCUCAAGAUGUCCCAGAUUAAAGUAGUCACAAUGCAAGGAACUAGACGAUAGAAUAUGUUCUUACUCUCCUAGAUGAAAAUACUAUAAGAGCUGCAGUUUGAAUGCUCUAGGGAUCAUCUCAACAUCAUCCUAAGAUUAUUCUGCUCAAAGCCAAGAAAGAACCUUCUUGGUAAGAACAUCGAAGUGGUCUAUCACUAUAAGAUGCUUGGAUGCUUGCACCCAGGGGUAUCCCUGCAGGUGACAUUAACUAUUCACAAAGUGCAAAAUGUUCAGAAGCAGUUGCUGUCUGACCAGAGGAUUCAGCUACGAUCUGAACCAUUUGUCGAAUAGAGCUGCAUUAAUAUGGAUGGUUCUUACUAAUUGGAGCAACAGUAUCAGUCAGCCUUUUCUUGCCAGAAGUUGAAGUUAGCUCUCCGCACUAAAGCAGCUACUGCCAACUUGGGGGAAAAUCUGCCAGGGAAAAGGCUUUUGGGUUACUUUUAAAUUCUCGAAGAUAGUGUAUAAGCUCAUUCCUUGUUUAAACAUGCAUUCUUGAUUACGGUCUUUCUAUCCGGAUGGUUAGAAGGGAGAGAUUAUCUAUGGUUGCUGGAGUUUAAGACAGGAACUAUUGUUAGCAAGUGACAGCUAUUAUUUAUCACUAGGUACCUCAUAAAAGCAUCUGUAUGAACUGAUAUUUCUAGGCCGCUGAGAUGUAUCGUGAAAUGGAAAUUCUCGAGCAUAUGUUUGCCUGUGUUUUCCUUCA